CCUUUCUGAAGUGUGUGAGUAGCCCUGGUAAGCUGGUUACCCGCAGCGGAGGAGUGCCCCCGGCCAGACAGGUGGGAAGAGGGCAGCCUUCUCGUGGAAAUACCGAGCCGGUGUGUGAGCUGCACUCCGAAACGGAAAUGGAUGGGAAGCCCCGCCCCGUGACUUGUGACCCGGUGACGUCAUGUGUUUGAAUGGUGCUGAGCUGGAAGAGGCGUCUGGUGACAAGUGGGAGCCCGGGCGACAUGAAGGCUUUAAUCUUAGUGGGUGGCUAUGGCACCAGAUUACGCCCACUCACCCUCAGUGUGCCAAAGCCAUUGGUGGAUUUCUGCAACAAGCCCAUCCUACUGCACCAGGUGGAGGCUCUCGUGAAGGCUGGUGUUAAUCAUGUCAUCCUGGCAGUUAGCUACAUGUCUGACAUGUUGGAGAAGGAGAUGAAGGAGCAGGAGAAGAGGCUGGGAAUCCGCAUAUCCAUGUCACAUGAAAAGGAGCCUCUAGGAACAGCUGGUCCACUAGCCUUAGCUCGAGACCUACUGACUGAAAACAUGGAGCCUUUCUUCGUGCUCAACAGCGAUGUGAUCUGCGACUUUCCAUUUGAUGACAUGGUCCGCUUUCACAAGCACCAUGGAAAGGAAGGCACCAUUGUGGUAACUAAGGUGGAGGAACCAUCCAAGUAUGGGGUUGUUGUAUAUGAAGCAGAGACUGGACAGAUUCAGCGCUUUGUGGAGAAACCUCAGGUCUUUGUGUCCAACAAGAUCAACUCAGGACUAUACAUGUUCUGUCCCUCUAUACUGGAUCGUAUACAGCUACGCCCAACCUCUAUAGAAAAGGAGAUUUUUCCAGCCAUGGCUCAGGAGGGGCAGUUAUUUGCUAUGGAAUUGCAAGGAUUUUGGAUGGACAUAGGACAGCCUAAGGAUUUCCUGACCGGCAUGUGCAUGUACCUGCAGUCUGUGAGACACAAACAUCCAGAAUGUCUCCAUUCUGGACCAGGCUUUGUUGGAAACGUUCUUGUGGACCCCACAGCAAAAAUUGGCAAUAACUGCAGCAUAGGUCCAAACGUUACUAUUGGUCCUGACGUAACAGUGGAGGAUGGUGUACGUAUAAAGCGGUGUACAAUUAUGAAAGGCUCCAGACUUCACUCUCACUCUUGGCUGGAGUCUUCCAUUGUUGGCUGGAGCUCUUCAGUUGGACAGUGGGUUCGCAUGGAGAAUGUGACUGUGCUGGGAGAAGAUGUAAUAGUCAAUGAUGAGCUUUAUCUAAAUGGAGCUAAUGUUUUGCCACACAAAUGCAUCUCUGAGUCUGUGCCGGAACCAAGGAUUAUCAUGUAGAUUUGUACAUUGGCUGCCCAGAGCACUUACACUGGGACCUGUGAACACCAUUCUGUGCUGCUAACAAGAACAUUGAUUUUAUUUUUUACCUCUACUGCAGGAGGUAUUUCCCUAGGCUAAGACUACUCUUGCAGGCACAGUUAAUGUUGCUCAUAGAUGUCACAGGGAAUUUACUGCCAUGUGAGGGUACACCCUUGUAAGAAAGAAAAAAAAAAAGAGCUGUGCCUUUUAUCGAGGGUGAAGAGGGAUAAUAUAUUGGAGCCCUGUACUUCUUCCCUAUUACAGUCAUUUUAAUAUGCAAGAGUACAUUGGAAGAUGUUGUAUAACUCCUUUUAGAAGAAGGACGGAAUGAUAAGUGUUCUUGCUUCUCUUGAUCGGCUUUAACCCUGCUCUGGCACAAAGGCUUGUUGUGCACAUCUAACAAAACUAUGAUGUUAGCCCUUUAAUUGCUGUAAUAAUACAGCUCCUUUUAGAUUCGUAGAUUUCUUGCUAAGCAUCAAGGGAGUUGUAGUAAAACAGCUGGGGUCACUGUUUAGUUCUCAAGGAUUAAUAGUAAAAUACAAGGUGCAGUCUAUGAAACACCCUAGAAUUUAGGGUGGCAGUAAGGAAGCCAGCUGACUUUAUUACAGCCAGGCAAAUCUGUCUGAUAAUCUAUUU